AUGGCCGCACGCUCGGCGGAAUCACGGCAUCGGCUCCUACGGACACGGCUGAACGUGCGAGAUGUUGCAACCACGACCGACGCGCAUGCGUACGACCGGCCUGACCCGCUUGUACCAGAGCACACCGCUCAAUUCGGCCACAAUAGAACGCAGAAGGUGUCAUUGCACCACCACCGACUUCUACACGACUUUCACCGACACGCUGCCAAGGCGCCCCUGCGGGGAUCUCCAAUAUUCACUGCAAUAAAGACGCCUCCUGCUGUUAAACAAGUGCUGCCACUAGCAGCAGUGGCGGCAGCAGUGGCGGCAGCAGCUCCAGCAGCAGCGGCGGCGGCACUACCAACACCACUUCCAGCAGUGCCGGCAGCAGCUGUAAUGCCACCACCGCAAGCUCCAACUCUGGUGGCACAACCUACAGCCAUGCCGCUUGUAGCAGUGCCGCCAGCAGCUGUAAUGCCACCACCGCAAGCUCCAACUCUGGUGGCACAACCUGAAGCCGUGCUGCUGGUAGCAGAGCCACCAGUGAGUGCUGCACAUCAGUGCGUACUUGAAACAGAGGCUACUGAGAGAAACCUGGGCCAUGGUAUAACCAUACCAGAAGAAAGAUGGGAACAUCUGAUGGCCCAGCCGAAGGAUUCCCUUUUUGUAAGGGAAGCUGCAAAGGCGAUAUGGGGUGUCCACAACCUUUACAACAGAAGUAUAACGGGCACCCCAUGUCGCCGUUUCCUUCAUAAGGAGGGCGGUUCUCCGAGCGUGGAGAAGCGGGCACUGACCCCAAGGAAGUUGGAUGCCCUAAGGAAUGCCUAUGAAGAGCACCUCCGGGCGCACGCAAGCCUGGUGCCGGAUGCGCAGCGACGCAGAAAUUUGAAUCGGCACCUUGCUGACCUCCUCAAAGUGCUGAAGUUCUAAUCUACAAAAGCACGCAUUUUGUAAUUUUUAUUGAUUCAUAAAAUUUUUCAUUUUUUAAGAUU